GAGCUCCAAGUUGCAUCUGCUUUCCAAUGCUACUUCUGCAUGCUCACUUCUUCGUGGUCAGUGCAUAGACAAAAAGGCAGACAGAAACACGGGGAGAGGGGGGAAAUCACCUCGUAUCUCAUACUCGCUGCUCUAUCACCAUGCUCUCCCCAACAGCACGUCGCAGCGCCGCGCUCGUCGCGGCAGCGCGCACUAGCGUAUCGUCUCCCAGCUCGUCACAUGCAUCGCGGACCGCUAAUGCCCUUCAGUCUUGCACCCGGCCAGCAGCAGCGGCACACAGCAGCUUGACAUAUUCAUCGUCCUCCUCUUCGGUGCGCCGCACUGUCGCUUCUGUUCGCUCUGCUCUUGCCACUAGGCGGCAUUUCAUCACCUCCACAGCUGCCAAGAGAGAUGUACCAGACGACGACGUCGACGCGCUCUUCGACCUCGCCAAGAUCGAGCGCGUCUCAGACGAAGCUGACGUCGUCAUCGUCGGUGGUGGGCCCGCUGGUCUCUCCGCAGCCAUCCGCAUCAAGCAGCUUGCAGAGGAAAAAGGCGAAGACAUUCGCGUCGUACUGCUCGAAAAAGGCGGCGAAGUAGGUAACCAUAUCCUCUCUGGCGCAGUCAUUCAGACAAACGCUCUUGAUGAGCUCCUCCCAAAUUGGAAAGAGCUCGGGGCACCGCUCAACCAGCCUGCAACAGAGGACCAUAUGCGCUUCCUGACGAAGAAUGGUUCGUUCCCACUCCCUCACCCGCCACAAAUGUCCAACAAGGGCAACUACAUUGUCUCGCUGUCAAGAGUCGUUGCAUGGCUCGGCGAGCAGGCCGAAGCGGCCGGCGUCGAGAUCUACCCCGGCUUCGCAGGCUCGUCGAUCAUCUGGGACGAAGGCACCAAUGGGGAAAAGAAAGGGAUCAAGGGCAUCGUCACGAAUGAGAUUGGCCUCAACAAGGCCAGACAGCCCAAGGACACCUUUGAGCCAGGCAUGGAGUUCCGCGCACCCAUCACGCUCUUCGCCGAAGGUGCACACGGCUCGUGUACACAGCAGCUCAUCCGCGAGCUCGGACUGCGAGAGGCAGUGAAUGCGGAUCCGCAGACGUACGCACUCGGGAUCAAGGAGGUGUGGAAGGUCAAGGAGGACAAGCACCAGCCUGGAUGCGUCACGCACUCGCUCGGCUGGCCGAUGGACAUGCGCACGUACGGUGGUUCGUGGAUGUACCACAUGGAAGACGGCAUGGUCUCCGUCGGUCUCGUCGUCGCGCUCGACUAUGAGAACCCUUACAUGAGCCCGUUCAAGGAGUUCCAACGCAUGAAGCACCAUCCAUUCUUCAAGGACGUGCUCGAAGGCGGCGAGUGCCUUGCGUACGGAGCGCGCGUGCUCAACGAAGGUGGCUAUCAGUCGAUCCCCAAGCUGCACUUCCCGGGUGGUGCUUUGAUCGGCUGCGCAGCUGGCUUCGUCAACGUGCCCAAGAUUAAGGGGACGCACAAUGCCAUGAAAAGCGGCAUGACUGCCGCAGAGGCUACCGUCGACGCCAUCCUGGCUCGACGGGCUGCCAGCGGCGAAAGCGAGAGUGAGAGCAGCACAGAGAGACCAGGCAUCGACCUGGUGGACUACAAAACCAAGUUGGACAACACAUACGUCAUGCAAGAGUUAAAGGAGGUCCGCAACUUGCGUCCAAGCUUCCACAACCCGCUCGGCCUGUAUGGCGGCAUCCUGUACUCGGGACUCGACUCGCUCAUCCUCAAAGGCCGGACGCCAUGGACGUUCCACCACAAGCAGGAAGACUACCAGGCAACCAAGCCAGCUUCGCAGUGCCGGCCGAUCGAUUACCCUAAGCCGGACGGGCAGCUGUCGUUCGACAUCCUCACUAGCGUCUCACGUACUGGCACGAACCACACCGACGACCAGCCAGUCCACCUCGUCGUCAAGCAGGCCGACUAUAAGGGACAUGUCGAGCGCAACGUCGGCACGUACGACGGCCUGCUUGGACGCGUGUGCCCUGCGGCGGUGUACGAGUACGUCGAUGCAGAGGAGGCGGGUGGUGAGGAUGCGCUCGGCAAAAAACUCGUGAUCAACAGUCAGAACUGCAUCCACUGCAAGACUUGCUCGAUCAAAACGCCGGAUCAAAGCAUCACUUGGACUGUUCCAGAGGGUGGUGGAGGACCCAAGUACUCGCUCACAUAGGUCGUUCACCAUGCUCGAGUCGAGCCGUACCUCAGACUAUACUGUACACGCUGUAGCAUAUACGCUGCAAGCAAGCGUCUCAUAUCAUGCCUUGUCGUGCAGCCAUCGAAUAUGUCGCCAGCAGUCUACCGCCAGAGCAAUCACCCCCUGAGUGCACCUGCC